AUGGGGAAGGAGAAAAGAGGGACUAGACUCUUCGUCGGAGGUCCCAUGGCGGCGGCGUAUUCCAGUGAGAGGCAAGAUGAAGGAGAGGGUGAGGAAGAAGUUAAGGCGAAUCAAGCAAUUGGCUACUGUGUUGAGCCUCUCAACUCAACAAGUGACACGCGAUAUGGGUGGGGUGGACUUGGUGUAGUCUCUGCUUUAAAGAAACCCAGUGAUGGUAUCCACCUGGUGCAUCUCGAUUCCGGUAACAACGAGAUGAAAGAAAAAAAUUAUGGGAAAGAAAUUUAUAUGUACAGAGCCUUCCACGGAAACGGUGUACCCAUUUCCUACCGCCACGUGUCUCCGUCAUCUCUUCUCGAAAAUACGUGUCUCUUCUUCCCGAAUAUAUUUAGGUUCCAUCAUUCUUCAAUGGCGUUAAGAGCAACUAAUUUGGUGAAAUCAAUGGUGAAUCGGUCAAGAGGAAUGUCAGCUUUUUCUACAUCAACUUCCCCUAAGAUGAAAGCUUACUCCCCAACCGCUGAUCACAGCUAUGGUCACCAUGAUCCGAAACCCAGUCUGGUGAAAGGUGCGUAUGCACCGGUUUACAUCUCGCUGGGGUUGAUUAUGAUGUCGGUUAGCAUCGGAGUGUUCACUGCGACGCAUCAACUUAGAAGGGCGCCGAAUGUUUCAGUGAAGAAGUCAAAGCGAGAGACUUUGCCGGAGCUGGUGGAGCCGGAGAAGGUGGCGGAGGAGUCGAAUGAGUUCAUCAAGAAGUCCUUCUUCAGGAAGAUAGCACAUGUGCAGGAAGCUGAUCGCCAACAAGUCAUGUCUGAUCCCAUCAGAGGGGAUACUUACUCCAUGCACCCGAAGCCAUAUACAGAGUCGCUGAAAUCGGUGGGAGUGGAGGUGGAAAAUAAGCCGUUUGUUCAGCCACCACCGCUGAAACACUGAAGAUGUCGUUCCUGUGUUAUCUUUCACAGGGUGUUGUACACGUGGUUACUUUUUGGUUGAUUUUUUCAUGGUUCUAGUUGGGAUCAUAUGCCUGUAAAUAUGCAAAAGGUGUAUCUAUAUACUUG